AUGUCGGCUCCCUUGAACGAGGAACAUGGUCUGGUCUCGCGCCCGUGGACGCAAAGACAAAUUGAACGAGUUGUGGAACCCAGAUUUCACGACUAUUAUAGAGAACCACGGCCUCACUGGGUGUGGGUGGGCUACCGUGUUCACGCCCGUUGCUGGGAGCUCCUCUCGUACCAUGAGCUGGGUGCUAUUGCGGAGAAAGACCUGGCAAUUGUUCUCGCGGCUCUUCGACAGCGAUUUAAGUUGGGGCGCCAGAGAAAGGCUGGGAUCCCGGAGAUGACUGCUGAAGAUCCUGUCCGCACAAAGUGCGUUUCAGAGGCCAUUGGUCUAGCAUUAGAACAGGCAGAUCGGAGGAAGUUAAAGAGCAAACAUCGCCGACCUGUCCGUAAACGCGUGCGGCAGGUCAGAACUUGUAACCUCCCGGUGGAGAUCCUCUACAUGAUCGCUGAAUACCUCCCAUCGCAGGCUAUAGCCAAUAUGGAGAGGGCUUGGGGUUUUCGUUUUGGUAACACCUUCUGGUAUUCUAGGAUCCCUACUAAGAUAUUUCAUGAAGUACAGGAUGUUGCAGAUGAGGACCUCGAUUGGCAGCGUCUAUGCUUGAAACUGGAAAGACGGCUUGAGAAAUCCGAGGCUUUGAAUACACGGAGAUAUUUAUUGAAAUGCCUGGAUGAGAUACUGAGCAUUGUGAAAACGUUGAUGGACAGUUGA